GUUCAAACUUACAAUCAGACUUUUGUUUUUAUCAUCUCUACUGAAAUUCUAAACUUCUAAGGUUUCAAAAAAUGGGAAAUUGGACAUUCAGGUUAGGAGAUACUUAUCAAGACACCAAGCAAAAAGCUCUAACCUGUAUUUAUAGUUUUCCUGGAGUUAUAUCUGUGAGAUAUAAUCCACAAAUGAACGCAUUUUGCGUGUUUGGAGAAGGAAUCAACGAGGCUGAAAUUCAAAGGAAGGUCGAUGAGAUUUAUAACCCAAACAAAGAGAGUUGGUCCCUAGUGUGUUGUACUCCCGAAUAAUGAAUAUGGUGUCUUUCUUCUUAUUUGUAAAAGUAUUAAGAUUAUGACUAAUAAUUGUAUGGUGCUUAACUAUGCAUUCAUAUUUCAUAAAUGUGUUUGGAUUUUUCUUUGAUUCUC